AUGGCCACUGUAGGUUAUGCGACUGUGGUAAUCCUUUUAGGACUUGUCAGUUUGGUACUCUCGCAGCCGAAGGAGCCUACAUUUACCAUCUACGAGGAACUGCCUAUAUCUACUGAAGUGGGCAACAUAACGAACAUUACCUCCGUGUUUUCUGGUCUCACCGACCAAGAAAAGGCUUCACUACAAUACGGCAUUCUCAGCCAGGCUGGCUCACCAGGUUCUUUGUUUAACAUCAGCAAAACUGGUGGAAAUAUUUAUGUGGCCAAACGUAUAGACAGAGAAGCGCUGUGCUUCAUGAAAGAAAAGUGCGUUUUGAGGAUCGAUGUGGUAGUUUCUGCCCAAUUACAGUUUAAUUCAAGGUUUCUGACAGUAAAUUUUGAAAUCCUUGAUAUCAAUGAUAAUGCUCCAACUUUCGAGAACAGCGCUGUGGUGUUAACUAUUCCAGAGGGUAAUUCUUUGAAUUCAUCACGGAAAAUCAAUGGGGCAAACGACAUGGAUUUUAAUCCAACAUUUAGGCUAAAAAACUACACUCUUGACAACUUCCAUGAUGUCUUUGCACUGACCACUUCUCAAACCCUUGAUGGGAGUUCGAAUAUUGAUUUAAUUUUAACAAAGUCCUUAGACAGAGAGACAAAGGCCCAGUAUGUCUUCACGGUGACUGCGUACGAUGGAGGUUCCCCUUCAAGGUCUUCUACUCUGUCGGUGACUGUGAAUGUCACGGACAUCAAUGACAAUGCUCCAGUAUUCCUAAACAGCUCUUAUGAUAUAACAAUCGAGGGCAAAACCGCGCCGAAUGCUGUCAUACUACAGGUGUCUGCAGACGAUGCAGACGAAGCCGCCAACGCAUUAGUGACAUACCAUUUCAGUAACCUUCAAAAGCAAAUGCUGGCGAACCCGUUCAACAUCAAUUCAAGCACUGGGGAGAUUUCUGUUUCUGGGCACUUGCGGUCUGGGAUAAGUGAGUUUAUCGUGGAAGCUCAGGAUUCUGGAACUCCACGGCUGAAAUCUCAAACAGUAGUUCGUGUCAACGUUGUCAAUAGUGGCAACACUCCACCUCGAGUAUCCAUCACACAGUUGGGCGCCAACUCUGAUCAGAACACUGUGUCCAUCCAGGAACCAGGAUGGCGGGGUCUGUUUGUUGUCUUCGCUGUUGUAGAAGAUGAUGGGGAUGAUAAUGUUGCCUGCCAAAUAAACAACGAACUCUUCAAUAUGGAGCAUGUGCCAAGUAAAGGUUAUUCAGUUCAGCUGCAGGAACCGGUUGAUCGAGAAACCACCCCAUCGUAUGACUUGACAAUUACAUGUACUGACAGCGGGAACCCGCCUUUGAAUACCUCAGUGAAUUUGCUUGUACGUAUAGAAGACGCAAAUGACAAUGCUCCAGUGUUCACACAGCAGAGGUAUAGCAGAACUAUCUCAGAGGGGCAGAAAAAUGAAGAGUUUGUAUUGCAAGUCAGUGCCAGUGAUAAAGAUGCGGGGGCAAAUGGUGCUGUAAGAUACAGUAUUGACCCUACCUACAGCAAGUACUUCAGUAUAGAUCCAGAUUCGGGUGUCAUAACGGCUAUUGGUAAUCUAGACAGAGAGCUUACCCCAGGUAUGCGCUUCAAGGUAUACGCAACCGAUCAAGGAAAACCGCAAGAACUAAAUGGACAUGCUGACGUAUUCGUUGUGUUAAAUGACGUGAACGACAACGCCCCAGAGCUCAAAAGCAAAGUGUUCAGAUUUCAAACUGUUGAAGAACAAGAAGGGACUAGAAUCAUCGGCAACCUGGAAGCGUAUGAUGCUGACGAAGGUGUGAACCAGGAGUUUGAGUUCUUCUUCACGGGCUCUUUAGAUGGAGCUGACGGUGAAUUUACUGUCCUCCCUAACGGAUCAAUUAUCAGUUCAUCAGUUCUGGACAGGGAGGAAAGAGUCAAUUAUUCGUUUACAGUAAUGGUCAGAGAUAAAGGCGAACCUCCCAAAAUGUCCAGCGGAACUGUAAUCGUAGAGGUGACGGACAUCAACGAUAACAGUCCUGCCAUACUCUUUCCCAAAUCCCAGAAUCACACGAUUGUUAUUUCCACACUGCCAGAAACUGGUGUCGUCAUCAGCAGAAUUAUUGCUUACGACGAUGACGAAGGCGAUAACGGGAAUUUAAAAUUCACAAUCGUUUCUGGAAAUGAGGACAAGGCCUUUGAAAUAUCAGAAGCAACGGGAGAGUUCAAAAUAGCGCAUUCUUCACGUUUGAAAAACCGGAAACAGUACGAAGUAGGCAUUGUGGUCUCAGAUAAGGGAAUUCCCCCAAAGAUUAACACAACGUCUUUGAAAAUUGAAAUUAUGUACGACAAUUCUACCCAGGUCGCCAAUGGAGUCAAAGGAAAAAGGGAGGACUAUAUUAUUAUUGUUGCUGUUGUGGCUGCUAUUACAGUGAUCUUCUCCACUCUUAUCAUUGUUGCCAUAUGCGUGGUAUUUCAAAAGGAUAAAAACGUGACUAGAAAAAAUGUUUCUAAACCCGCUUUUCAUAAUGUUGAAUCCCAAGAAAGCCUCAGAGAUGCAGAGAAAGUCAGCAGUCUUGGUCAAAACUCGACUGACCGCAACUCUCAACAGUUUAGCUUGAACGAUUUAUCGUCCCCACCAGGAAAUAAUCAGAACUAUGGCAAUGACAACACAUUUAUGCAACUCCAAGCUCCUGUCCAACCAGACUACCAACAGUCCUCCAAAGGAAAAGCGGUUAGCUUCAGCCUCUCGGAACUGCAGACGAGAUCACCCCCACCUCGUUAUCCAUCUCCUAGGAAUGAACUCCCACCCUUUCUGACAUUCGGAGCCUCGUUUGGAGGCGCGAACCAUGACGAUGCCUUCCCUCACCACUCGUCAAUGUCAAGACAGGUCAGUGGUGUGACGUAUGCUCCGGUCAACACGUGUGAGCGUGUAGGUACCAGUUGUCACUUUUGCUAUCUCUUGCUUUGUGUUCUCGCUUACUCUGUGUACUCAGCUUGUACAUGUACAAAUGCACUAACCAGCUUUUAG